AUGGUCGCCAUCCACGUGCUGGUGGCCGCCCUGGCGGCCCUGGUCUACCUGCUCGUCAGGCUGUGGCGUCGGCGCAGGGCUGUGACACACGCCUCCUUCAUCUGCUCAGUGGACAAGGGCCUGGAGGAGGGCCUGCUGUCUGGCCAGACGGCCGACCUGCCCAACGCACUCCUGAUCACCGCCACCACCAAGCCCAUCCCCAAGGCCGUCUCGAUGGGCGACAGCCAGGCAAUUGACGCUGUGCGCGCCGCGCGCCUGCGCGAGGUCUUUGACCUCUUCUCCCUGCCCGUCGACCAGGUGGCCGCCUCGCUCAAGUCGCUGGGCGCCGUGGUCGCCGGCGGCAGCAUGGUGCACGCCUACCUGCCCAGCCUGGGCCCCGUGGCCGCCUUCAAGGGAGACCUCGACAUCUUCACCCCCUUCAACACCCUGCCCGCCUGGCAGCGCGUGCUGCUGCCCGCCGGCUACCGCCCCCGCCCCAAGUCUGGCGAGGCCGCCAAGCCCUACUCGCUCAUGCUGCCUGGCGGCGGCAGCUUGGCAUGA